GUCACACACACACACACACACACACUCACUCACACACACACACACACACACACACACACGUCCCUCCGUCCAUGUAGCCGGAGCAGGACUCGCUCCUAACGGCUCCCGGUGAGGCGGUUCUUUCUCUCGGCAUCAAGGUGACCGAGGACCCGCUGCCCCCGCCCCCCCGGAAGCGGCUCCACAUCGGCGGGCAGGUGACAGCAGCGACGGGAGCCCGCGACUCGGAGCUCCGGAGCCGGCCACCGCAUUGUGAGCAGGACGGGACGAUGGUCGUCGUCGUCGUCGUCGUCGCGGACGUUCGUUUUCGGUUGAACUAUUAAAACGGGACACGGAGCCAAAACAAUGACAUCCAUCUCUAACAGUGUGCGGACGAAGAGAGGUUCGUUUUGUUGAAAUUGUAUUUUUUUUUUCCCGACACUGUCCCAGUUCCCUCGUCACCGCCUCCUUCAGAACACCGUCCACUUUUUUUGAAUUAUUAAUAUUAUUACUGCCCCAAUACGUAUCUGAAGCAUCAUCCUCAUCCUCAUCCUCGCCGUGAAGAUGGCGACUGGGUCGGGCUGGCAGCAGCAGCAGUACUACUGCCCCGCCGCCGCCUCCGCCGCCGCCGCCGGUCCGGGCAGCAAAUUCAGCGCUCCCUCCUCGGCGUCCAGCCUCCAGUCCGCCGGCAUCGCCGCCAUGGAAUAUACCCAAGACCUGCACCUGAAGAUGAGCAAGAAGAUCGCGCAGCUGACGAAGGUUAUCUAUGCACUGAACACGAAAAACGACGAGCACGAGGCGGCCAUCGCCACGCUGAAGGAGGCCCACGAAGAGGAGGUGCAGCAGAUCCUCUCCGAGACCAGAGAGAAGAUAUUACAGUACAAGAGUAAGAUCAGCGACGAGAUGGACCUGAAGAGGCGGAUCCAGACGCUGGAGGAGUCCAUGGAGCUCCACGACAGGAUGAAGCGGCAGGCGCUGGCCGAGUUCGAGAGCUACCGUCAGAGGGUGGAGGACAUGCAGCUGUGCACCGAGGCUCAGCACACGCAGCGCGUGGUGUCCAUGUCGAGGGAGGUGGAGGAGAUGCGGCGGUCCUUCGAGGAGAAGCUGCGCACGUUCAGCCAGGCCCAGGCCCAGUUUGAGCAGGAGAAGAGGGCGGUGCUGGAGGAGCUGAAGGCCCAGCACCGGCAGGAGGUCCAGGAGCUGCUCCGCAGCCACCAGAGCCAGAACGCGGACUACAGCAAAGACCAGGAGAAGCUGGGACAGCUCCACAAGGCUGAGGUGGAGUCCUUGUCAGAGCGGGUGGAGGAGCUGAAACAAGACAAAAAGCGGCUGGUGGAGGAGUACGAGGCCAAACUCAUCAAGGCUCAGGCCUUUUAUGAGCGCGAGCUGGAGGCCAUGAAGCGAACGCAGCAGCUGACUGCGGACAACCUGUUGGCAUGGAAACGCACCGAGUCCGAGCUGCGGCGGGAGUUCCAGACUCAGGAGGCGGCCCUCCAGAAGACCCUGGGCAAGCUGAGGACCGAGCUCGCCAGGGUGACGGACGAGGCCCGGGAGAACCGGGAGAAGUCCCACAAGCUCCACUCGUCGCUCAGCGCGGCCGAGGGCAGCGUCAAGGACUUGACCAGGCAGCUGGACGAGGUGACCCAGAACUCUGAGAUCGUGGAGAUCCGCCAGAAGGAGGCCGAGUGCGAACUGGAGGCGGCCAGAGACCGAGUGCAGCAGCAGGCGACCGAAAUACUGCUCAAAGCCAGUCAGAUCAGCAGCCUGCAGGCCAACCAGAUGACUCAGGAGGCAGCCAUCAGGGACCUGGACAACGAGCGGAGCCGGCUGAAGGACAAGGUGCUGCGGAUGGAGGAAGAGAGGGAGGCGCUGCAGACGCAGAGCCAGGCGCUGGACGACAGGCAGAGGCAGCAGAUCCAGUCCCUGGAGAAGACGCUGCGCGAGGAGAAGGCGUCCCACGACAGGGACAUGAGCGACGUGCGAGGCCAGUACGAAGACGAGGCCAGCCAGACGAGGGAGGGCCAGGCUCGCGCUCUGGAGGAGGUGGUCAAGAAGCACAGGGUGACCCUGGAGAACGCUCUCAACAACGCCGAGAGGGACAAGAACCGCCUGCUGGCUGAGCUGGAGCAGCAGUUCGAGAGGGAGCGCCUCUCACUGGAGGAGCACAAGACGCUCCUCCGGCAGCAGCUGGACGAGCUGCAGGAGGAGCUGACCUCCAGACUCACCGCAGCCAACGAGGAGCUGUCCCGGCUGCAGAGGGAGGUGCAGCAGGGGGAGCAGGACAUGGGAGCGGCCGAGGGGCAGAUCUCCACGCUGAAGGAGGCGCAGGACAAACUGCUGGAGGAGCUGGACGCCACCAGGGCCCGGCUGAGGGAGACCAGCAACCUGCUGACGGCACUGCAGGGGGAGCUGGAGACCCAACAGCGUCACCACGAAGCUAAACUCAUCACCACCAAAGAAGAAGAGAAACUCAAGAUGGACAAGAUGGCUCUGGAGCUGGAGCUCAAAUGGACAGAAACACUCAGGCAGGAGUGUAAGAAGCUGCGCGAGGAGCUGAGGGAGGAGCACGAGGAGGACAAGGCCUCGGCGCUCGCUCAGCUGGCACAAAGCAAAGAGCAGGAGCUGGGCGGCGCCAGGGAGAGCUGGCAGAGGAAGGUGGAGGACCUGCUCGAACAGAUCUCCCUGCUGAAGCAGAGUCUGGAGAUGCAGCUGUCGCAGUCGCAGUCGUCGCUGCAGCAGCUGCAGCACCAGUUCGGCCAGGAGAGGGAGCACCUGCGCAUGCAGCUGGACGAGCUGCAGACGGAGCACCAGCGGCGGCAGCACCGCCUGCAGGAGGCGCACUGCUGCGCCAUGCAGGACCAGGAGCGCACCAGGCAGCGUGACCUGAAGGACUUGGAGGAGCGCCUGCGCCACCAUCACCACGCGGAGCUGCAGUCGCUCAGAGAGGCUCAUCGUCAGAGCCUGGAGACGCUCAAACAGCAGUCGGAGCAGGAGCUGCAGACUCUCCGCUUCGAGCUGGAGGACGAGGGCAAAGCCAUGCUGGCCUCACUGCGCUCAGAGUUGAACCACAUCCACGCGUCGGCCAUCGAGCACCUGAGACAAACCCACCAGCAGGAGUCGGCAGUCGCCAAGGUGGAGCUGGAGAAGACGCUGGAGCACAACCGGAUACAGGAGCGCGAGCUGCUGAGCCGGAUCACCGAGCUGCAGGAGGAGGUGUCCAGGAGGAAGAACCACAUCGCGCAGCUGGACCACCAGAUCCACACCCUCAACGAGAACAUCAGCACUCUGACCAAAGAGCUGGAGCUCAAGGGCAAGGAGGUGCUGAAGAUCCGCAGCGAAGCCAACCAGCAGAUAAGGGUCCACGAACAGGAGCUGGUGAAGAGGCACGAGCGGGAGCUCGCCGAGCUGAGCGCCGUCCACAGCCGAGAGACGCAGAACAUGCUGUCUGACUUCAACAAGGCCCAGGAAGUGCUCAAAGACAAGAUCUCCGCCCUCCAGAUACUGCUGGAAGGAUCAGAGGAUAAGUUCCGGAACAGGGAGAGUCGUCCCGAGGACCUGCAGAUCAUCGCAGAGCUGAAAGACAUGGUCUCUGAGAGGGAAUCUCUGGUCAAGAAGCUGGUGGACGACAAGAAGUUCUAUCAGCUGGAGCUCGUCAACAGGGAGACCAACUUCAACAAAGUGUUCAACGCCAGUCCCAACGUAGGAGUCAUCAACCCGCUCAUCAAGCAAAAGAAAAAGAAUGAGAAAACAGCCGCCAGCAGACUGAGCAGCUCUCCUAAUCUCAGGGCCCUGGAGGCAGCAGGCACGGGCGUGGGCGUAGUGGGUACAGGGGGCGGGCCGCCCCCGCAGCCCCCGUAUCCACCGCCCCCGCCCCCCGCCCAGCCCGGCCGUCUAGAGCCUAUCCCCAACUCCCCCUUCCACCACCUUGAGUUCAACUCCAACAAACCUCUUCCCCCGCCGACCCCUCCCACCGAGCCCAAGAAGUUCAUGAGCCCUCCUGAAACCAAGGACGCCACCAUCGACGCGGCGGACGCCCAGCGCCAGGAGUGGUUCGCUCAGUACUUUUCCUUUUGAUCGAAACCACAACACCUGCGAAACGCGAGGAUUCAGCAUGUCGACCGAACUUUGAAAAAGAAAAAAAAAAAUCAAACGAGGAACAGACUCAAACAAAACAAAAGAACUGACGGAAAAAGAAGAAAAAAAAAAGAGAAAAACUGACGAAACCAUUUGUUCUUUAUUGUCAUUGAUCUGGUUCUGGGAUCGAUUCACUUUGGAUUCAGGCGACGGACGGUGUCACUCAGAAGCUGAAGUCGCUCGAUUCUCACCGACCGUCCAACUUCCUGUCGUCGGCUGAGGUGAAGCUGAACCCGACCCCCGACCCCUGACCCCUGACCCCUGACGUCAUCACUCUGAUCUGAUCUGAUUUGAUAGCUUGAUUAUAUCUUGAUUGUUUCACUGUGGACGAGUUUUCUCUCUUAGUGCAGUGACGACGAUCAUCAUCGGUAUGUUUGAUGUUUAUUUCCUUUCUUUACGGUCCUGAACUUACUUUGCAGUUUCUUGGAACUAGACGAAGAAGAAGAAGAAGAAGAAGAAGAAGAAAAAAAAACAGUGAGUGGUGCAUUUAUCAUGCUGCUAGUUGCCAUUGUUGGACAACAGUAAGAAAUAUAUAUAGAUAUAAAGAAGUAUAUGGUAGGUUAUUGUGCUCUCUCUCUGUACGUGGGCCCACUGCACACGGCGUCUCGGACGAGGACGGCUGAUCCCAGGCCAGUUGUCUUGUGGCCACGCUCCCGUGGACCUGGUCCCGGAUCAGCUGCUCCGCUCCGACGCGUCCGUGACCUCGGACGUGGCACCAUCAUGGCAAGUUUGUUACAAGCUGCGUAGAAGUUUCAGCAGAUUUUGGUAGAAUAUUAAAAACCUGUUUGUAUGGUUGUCUGUCUCAACACAGAUAUAAUGAUGUCUCACCAAUUUUAAAAACAAAAAUAGCAUAUUUUAUAUUUAUAUUAUAAUGUGUAUGCUUAAUAAAUGAUUAUUGUGACAUUUA